AAACCUAAGCGAGGGGGGAAUAUGGACCAGGUGGAAUCUGUGGUUGCCCAAAUCCAGGGGCUGUCAAGCAGUGUUUCCGAUGUAUCAGCACUUCACAAUUACUUGAAGCAAGUCGAUGAGGUGCUCCACGCUGAGUCAACUGGGUUGUUGCCUUUUCUCGACCAGCUUGACCCAUCCAAGCAUUCUCUGGGCUAUCUCUAUUUCUUAGAGGCUUGCACAUCAGGCCCAGUACCAGUAACAAACGAGCAGGCUAGUGUUCUUGCCUUAAUGAUUGCCAGAUUUAUCAGUUCUUGUGCUGCCGAGCAGAUUCGUUUGGCUCCUGAUAAGUUCAUCGCUGUUUGUAAGAGGUUCAAGGAUCAAGUUUUGUUGCUUGGGGCACCCUUGCGUGGGGUGGCUCCAAUGCUGACUGCAAUUAGGAAGCUUCAGUCUUCCACUGAACACUUGACAACUUUACAUCCUGAAUUUCUUUUACUUUGUUUGUUGGCUAAGUCCUACAAAACUGGUCUUUCAAUUUUGGAGGAUUCCAUUUUUGAGGUUGAUCAGCCAAGGGAUAUUUUUCUCUAUUGUUAUUAUGGGGGAAUGAUAUGCAUCGGACAUAAGUGUUUUCAAAAAGCACUAGAGCUUCUACACAAUGUUGUGACUGCUCCAAUGUCUACAAUCAAUGCCAUAGCUGUUGAGGCUUACAAAAAAUACAUAUUGGUCUCACUUAUUCACAAUGGACAAUUCUCUACUAGUCUCCCAAAGUAUGCUUCUUCAACAGCGCAGAGAAAUUUGAAGAAUUUCUGUCAGCCAUAUGUUGAACUGGCAAAUUGUUACGUCAAUGGCAAAAUCACAGAAUUAGAAGUAUAUGUACAGGCAAACAGGGACAAAUUUGAAAGUGACAGUAAUCUUGGUCUAGUGAAGCAGGUUGUGUCAUCCAUGUAUAAGCAAAAUAUCCAGAGAUUGACUCAGACAUAUCUGACUCUUUCUCUCCAAGACAUAGCCAAUACAGUACAACUAAACAGCCCUAAGGAAGCAGAGAUGCAUGUUCUCCAAAUGAUUCAAGAUGGUGAGAUAUAUGCAACAAUCAACCAGAAGGAUGGAAUGGUUAGAUUCCUUGAGGAUCCUGAACAGUACAAGACAUGUCAGAUGAUUGAGCGCAUUGAUUCAUCAAUCCAGAGGAUAAUGUCACUGUCAAAGAAGCUGAUGGGUAUGGAUGAACUCAUGUCCUGCGAUCCCUUGUACUUAACAAAGGCUGGGCGAGAACGUCAGAGGUUUGACUUUGAUGAUUUUGAUAGCGUUCCCCAGAAGUUCAAUACAUGAACUUCCUCGCUAGAUUUGCCAAAGCUUUUAAACUAAAAUGAUGAGAGAGACACUUGAUAUACAGGAUUAGCUCUAUCACCCCCAUGCUGUUGGAAGAGAUGGAGUAGAUAAUUUGAAAUUUUUCUGUUUUUUCUCCUACGUUAGGUUGAUACAUAUGACAAGAACCCAAUUCAGUUGUGAAUUGUUAAGAGCAUGUUUGAUAUGUACAAAGCAUCAAGGCCGUUUUUCCCCUCGUAUUUCUUUCAAGUGUUUAUAUUUUGGCUAGCAUAUCCUAAAAGUUGAUUGGUACAAGUGCACCCAUGAAUUCCACCAGAGCUGCUGUUGUUGGUUGAUGCAUCUAUGAAAUAGAAUCAAGUUUCAUGG